CAAUCUUCUCGCCCAGCAUCUUCCUCCCGCUGCCCAAUCGCAACUCCACAGCUCUCCAUCUGCAAGGUCCGCAAGAACUGAAGCCGUCCUUGGACGACUUCCUUUCCAACUCUUCUUGCUACCAAGCGUAGGUACGCUCCAAAACCGUGAUGCUUCCAGAACACCAGAAUCGAGCCCGUGACCCCGAGAUGCCUGCGAAAAUCAAAGUUUGCGCCCAUUGUUAAAUGCUUCGAGGUCACAGGAGGGUCCAAAUGCCACUCACAUGCCCUUGUUUCAUGUGAGUUAGAGGGAUGUGUCCUGGCAUCCCUUUCAGGCCACAGCAAUUCAGCAUGCCCUACUCAGCUGCACACUUUGUUCCUUGUUCAUCUCCCAACCACUAGAUGAGUGCUUUGAUUUUCAUAAAAUACAGAUAGAGCCGAGUUAUACUGGAUGACAUGCGGGGCUCGACGGCGUUAGUGAAGUUCAAAGGACCCACCUGUCAGUGGGUGUUUUAAUUUUUUAUUUGAGAUGUGUCAUGACAUUUGGCAUAUGCCACCAGACACCUCAGCUAAAGAGGCUGAAAUGGACGUGCUGCUGCACUUGACAGAAUGGGGUAUAAAGGAUUUGAAGCCUAUCACCCUCUUCUCAGCUCUCACAGAAGCUCACACAUGAGCUCUGCUCUGUGUGAAGAGCGAAUACUAGGGAGGUCCUGCCUACGCCAUGAAGAAGCCAAGAGCAUCUCUUGCGUUGGAGAUACUGGUGGUGUUUGCCGCUCUUCUUUGCGGAGCGCAAUGCCAGAGCUUUCAGGGCGGCUCCGGAGGGGGCGGCACCGCCGCGAACCUCACGGUGGUCGGCGCCGUGUUCUGUGACGCCUGCUCCUCCAGCUCCUUCUCCAAAAACAGCUACUUCUUGCCAGGCGUGAAAGUCAGGCUGGACUGCAUGAUCAAAGUGAACUCUAAUUCAAAGGAGGAGAUCAAGAUCACGGCGGAGAAGGUCACCAACAGCUACGGCACCUACCAACUUGACAUCCCGGCGAUCGACGGCUUCGAGUGCGCCGCCCCCGGCGCCACCGCCGCCGAGUCCUUCUGCCGGGCGGCCGUGCUGGACAACCCCUCCGCGCUCUGCAACGUGCCGGCCGUCACCACCACCGUCGGCCACAUCUCCUUCCCGAGCCAGGAGCCCAACGCCUGCUUCUACAGCCUCAACUCCCUCUACUACCGCCCCGGCAAGCCGGGCCCCGCCCAGUGCGGCGGCGCGGCGGCGGCGGGGUGCGCCGCCGCGGCAGUGAACAGGUGCCUGGUCUACUGGCCACCGUGGGCGUGGCCGCCCAUCCCGUUCUGCACGCCGCGGCCGUGGUUCCCGCCCAUACCGUUCUUCACGCCGCCGCCGCCGGCGUUCCCGUUCCCGCUGCCGCCGAUACCGUUCCUCACCCCGCCAUCGCUUCCGCCACCGGCGUUCCCUUUCCCUCUGCCGCCAUGGCCAUGGACGCCGCCAUCGCCCCCCGCAACAGCAGUCUUCCCGUUUCCUCAUUUGCCGCAUUUCACGACACCGUCUCCCCCACCGCCGCCGCCGCCAUCGUUAUCUUUUCCGCGGCUUCCACACCUGCCUCCAUUGCCACACUUGCCACCAUUGCCAUCGAUGUAUCCACCGCCUCCUCCGCCGCCGCCGCCACCUCCACCGCCAUCGUUUCCUUGGCCUUUCCCCCCAUUGCCUUUCCUCCCUCCACGUUCUUCGGGACCAUCUCCUCCGCCGGCGAAGUAUUCUCGGAAAGAUCCAAGCACUUGGUCUCUUUCCGCUAGUCAACCAUAAAUAAAUAAAGUAAAUAUAAUAGUUUUGGCUCAUGCUGGGAAGGAUAAUAUGCAAACUGAAAAAGACUGCUUGGCAUAUGAAUUUUUUUUUUCUUUUUUAUAUCCACUGAGCUGUAUGAACACGAAUGUACAUUUGUGCUUGCGCCCUAUACAUAUAAAAGCAGAAUUUCUAGGUUCUAAACUCUAAA